GAUUGAACGACCGACGGAGCACAAGAACACGACAAAGAGAAGCGAGUAACAGGUGAUUUAAGGCAGUGGGGGUCUAGGAACUCUUUGGACCUCAUAUUUUGAAAUAUAUAAUGUUGGCCUUGAAGAUUAAUGUACUGAGCAUGGGAUAUCUCGAAAAACUCAUCUCGCUAUCAGUAUUAGUCUCGCAGUCUGUCUUGUACGAUGCACUGCGUGCACAUGUUUCUGUCUAUCGCGUGUUCAAGUUUCGCUCCAAUUGACAAAUCCCGAUAAUUAUACGUUAGUAUUUUUUUUUUUUUAAUUUUAUUUAUUACCUAAUUUUAAUUUUAUCCAGAUAUAUGAGAGAAAUAAAUCCUUCAAGUCAUUUAGAAUUUAUCUUAAAGACAGACUAAAAAUACCUUUGACAUGUUUUAUGGUACAGUUAUGAAUAAAUUAAUUUUGAGCGUCUGUGUGCUGAUUGUGGGAUGGAGAGUAGAAGUGGAUGGUCAAAAAUCGACACGUUCGAUAGAUAAUCAGAGGUACGGAUUGAGGCCAAACAAUAUUUAUGCUGGUGAAAUUUAUCCAAAUUAUGUAGGCCCCGAAGCGAGAAAAAUUGAACGGGCUGAUAAUAUUUAUUCAGAGAUGGUUUAUGGAAUAGAAAGUAUAAAAAAUGAUGAUAAAGAGGACGAAUUGGAAUUUAUAAAGAUGCUGAAAGACGAAACGACGUCUAUUGACUUCCAAAAAUGGGAUUCUAUCGGCGAUCGCGUUAUUUCCCGGGCGAAUGUCAGUGAAGAAACAAAACGAGUUGUUAGACAAGUCAAGAAACAGAGACCUGGUUUUUUCUGGACACUGUUUCGUGUUGUAUUUGAGACAGUCAACGAAACAAGGUCGACAAUCGAACAAAUAGGAGACAUAUUAUCUCAAAAUAUUUAUCCCGAUACCACAACUUCCAAAGCCUCAUUAGUAUCAACAAAAGCUAAAAAUUCUGGCAAUGUGCCUGGAAGUGCUGAUGUGACAAUAAAAGAUUCGCCAAUGAAUCAAACCUCAACUACUGAAGCUCCAUUCAGAUUAACAAGAAAUUUGUUACAAAAUAUUGUGCGGAGAAACGUCCGCGGUCUUGUUCGACUCUUCAAUAUCGAAUGGAGAGAUGCCAUAAAUCAAUCACGGAAAAGUAUAAAAAAUUUCCAAAAGGAUUUGUCCAAAAGUGUUCAGCCAUUUUUGGCAGACAAUCCGGCCGCCUAUUGAUGAUAAAAAAUUUUAUUUAAAAAAUAAAUGUAACAGUAGUUAGAAAUUUUAUAUUUAAGUUUUAAAUAGUGAACAUAUGUAUAUAUAACUUUAUUGUAUAUAAAAAAAAGAUUGCACAAUAUGAGGUCAAUUGAACGGUUAAAAUAUCAAAAUCUUUCGUAAAUCUUAAACUUUUACUAUAAGGGAAUUCCAUAUUAUGUAUCACGUCAUAGUAUCUGCUGUGAUUGUACAUUCAUUUGUUACGUAAUAAUAUAUAUUUAUUAAUAGUUCACUAUAUAGGAUUUAGUUUAACAAACCGUUUAGCUGACGCCCACGUAUUUUUUUGUAAGACGACAGGAUGGUGACCCGGCGAAAUAAAAGCAAAUUCAUAAAAAGAGAAAGCCAAGUUACUGAUGAUUGGUCAAUAUAACCGUGGGCUAUGUCAACGAGGACUGUUUAUAUAGAGGAUGGUCCACUACUGAUCAGUUUAAGAAAUAAUCUGGCAUCGAUACGAUCCGCGAACAAAACACGCGAAUAAAAAAAAUAUACUUAAUAAUAAAAAUAUAAAUAAUGUUUUAUUCGGUACUAUAAUAGUUUUUAAAAUUAUAUAAGUGAUUUGGGAAAUGUUUCGAGUUUUUGGAUUAUUAUUAUUUAUUAAUUGGGCAACCGGUGAGAAUGUUGUUUUUGAAGAUACAGGAAGACAUCGUGUGAGUUAUGGCACUACUGAAAUUCCGGUUAGACCGAAACCGCCCAGUGUUAGGCCUAACACUAUAGAUAAUAUUUUUCAGAUACCGAUCGCAGUAAUAAAGGGCACCUCAGCUGCUGCUCAGUCAUGGUAUCCAGAAAAUGAAAAUAUGAUAAAUAAAGUAUUUGAUAUUCCUGUGGCAACAUUGCAAGCGAUAAGUAAUUUAGUAAAAGAUCGUCUUCCUCAAGAACCAAACGAAUCCAAUCAACCGGAACGAAAUCGAAGACGCAGAAAAAUUGAUGAUGAUUUUCAAGAACACGAUCAACAGAAUCAACAGUCAUCCUCAGAAAAUAACAAAACUCAAAAAAGGCACGUCCAUGGAUUAUUAGAUUGGGAUUUUCCUUUGGUUGACUUGUUUUGGGGAGGUCACAGCCACAACCAUGGCCAUCAUAUUCAUGAGCACAAGAAGAAAAAACGCAAACCUCAUGGACUUCAUGGAAGUCAUGGGCAUGGGAGUCAUAACCAUGGAAAUUUUUUUGGUAACAAUCACAAUGACAAUAUAGGCCGACCAAUAUUAGGUGGAGAUGGCAACAUUUAUCACGUAACUGAUACUCUCAAUGACGCGAUUCAAAUUGGGCCUUGGAAACCUUACGUCGGAAUACAAAAUAAAAUAGCUCCUGGUUCUCCAUUUAAAUUUUAAUAACUCUGAUCGUAAAAUAGUAAUUUAUGUACUGUACUGUUAAUUAUUAUAACACUGAUGUCUAGUAAUUAUAAUUAAAAUAAAAUAAUUUUUCAUAUUUAUUUACACUAAAAAGGAAACGUAAUAUCUCUAGCAUUGAAGUAUAAGUAUAUUGUAUAUUAUUAUAAUUAUUUUUUAUUUAUUUAAAAGACUAAGGAAAUAAAAAAAAACUAUCCUUGUA